GCUUCCUCAAGUUAGUCACGAUGAGUGUUUUGGGGAAGAAGCCGUCUAGCUGCUGCUGCCAGAUUAGUUCCGUUUCUCACCGGGAGGAAGUCGUUAGGCACGCACCAUGGCGUCAAUUCUAGCGGUGCUGGGGGCUCUGUUCGUUGGUUUUCGAAUGUGCUCCGAUGGACUUUUGGUGAAACAGUACUCGUGUGAUAAUGUCAUCCUAUCCUGGUGUCAGCUGCAUAAUGUCACUAUCGGAUCGGAUUUCGAUCUUCAGAUGGUGGCAUUCCCAAAGCAUCAAAUGAUCGGUUUCCUCAAUGGAUCGGUGCUGCAUUUUUCCCACCUUCUCAACAUACGGCUGUUCAAAGCCGGUGCCUUCCGGUUGUUUGCCCGGGGGACACGAAUCAACAGAUUAACACUUCCAAACACGGUUGAGCAGCUCUACUUCCGGGAUAAUGGGAUUCAAACGGUCGAAAUCGAUGGCCGGGCAUCGUACGCCAUGAAAUAUCUGAGGCUACAAAUCAACCGGAUUCGAGAUAUUUCCAAUUUUAAACCCCUCAAGAAUCUCGUCGAGCUGGACCUUUGCAGUAACCUUCUGGAGCACCUGUCACUCGAUACAUUCUUUGGGAUGGCCUAUUUGAAGCAGCUCAUUCUCUGUGACAACCGACUUAAAUCGAUCACUGCAUCGGCCAACAUUCAGCUGUACCAUCUGUACCACCUGGAUCUGUCCAGUAACUUCUUGUUCAAUCAGACGGCCCUCCAGCAUUGGGAUUUCCCCCGGCUCGGAAACGUUUCCCUCCGGGACAACCUGCUGACCACCCUCGACGUUGGCAUCGUUUCGCAACGCUUCACUGCGCUGAAAAUUCUCGACCUGGAACAUAACUCGCUGGAUUGCGACACCUAUCGGCAGCUGCUCCAACUUGUGCAUCGUCGGAAAAUUAUUUACAACGUUGACAAGCGUGUUUGUGCCGGGACCAGUAACGAUAAUCCAGUCUCUCUGUCCCCCCGUUUUGGACCACCCGAAUCAUCCGAAAACGGGUACUCGUUGGAAGUCCGGCAGCUCAAGCAGCGGCUCUACCAGCAGGUGCAGAUUAUCAACCGGCAGCGGGCGGAAAUUGAGCAAUUAAGGGCCAACCUGACCACGCUAAUGGAGCAGUUUGAUCUGGUCGCUGGGCCAGCACGUGCCAACGAUCCGUUCUGAGUGAUAGGAAUGGAUCAGGUAUGAAUCGUUGGUGG